AUUCUAAUAAUACUCCUAUGGUAGAGAUGAUGAUAAUUGCUAAUAAUGCCACAUCAAAACAAACCCAAUAAUACUCAUAAUCAUGCUAGUAAUAAUGCCAACACUACACUUACUGUAAUUACUAGUAGUAAUUGUAACUAUAAUAAUACCCUUCACCACAAAAAGUUGCAGCAGCCGAAUCAAGAAGUAAUUACUACUGCUGAUAGUGAUAAUCAUAACGCAAUGUUCCAUGAUUUUCUAGGCAUGAAGCCUUCUUCUUCUUCUAAAACAGAUUCUCCUGCCCUUUUGGGUUCUUCUACUAAGAACCCUCCUCCUGAUGCUUCUCCUUCUGCUUCUCUCUCAGCCGGUGCUGCCUCCUCUGGUGGUGGUGCUGGUGUUCGCUGUCCUCUCUCCACCGCUUCUGAUCUUGCUUCUGAAAGGCAGGUUGCAAAUCAUCUUGAGGGGAUUCCGUAUUAUGGUCCAAGGAGUGAUAUUUCUGGCUCUGAGAUAAGUAAUAAAUUACUAAGAAGUAAGCGAAGCAAUUCAGAUUCCGCCUUUACGGGUUCUACUAGGGAUGGGAUUCCUCAUAUUUCCCAUGACUCUCUCGAGAGCUUGCAUUUGAUGAAGAUGCUCAAGAAUGGAGGAGGGGCAGAUCGUCCGAGAAGGUCCAAGGAUGAUGAGGUUUCCUAUGGUAUGCAAGCAACGAGACCAAGUGCUGCAUCUCUCAUACUGCAUUCUUCAACUGGUGGUAGACUUGAUGCCAAUGUUUCAAAAUGGGAGCGAUCUAUUCCCGUGGGAACAGCAGCCAUACAGUAUCCUCCUCGUGCAGGCCAACUUGUCCCUUUUAUGCAUCAAGUUCCUCCAAACAAAUUACGGGAUAUCAGUACUGGCGCAUCCAUUAUCUCUCAGUUAGCUGCUGAUGAAGGAUCUAGAACUGGAAUAAAAGGCCCCGGUAUUUUGAGUUCUAUCAAUGCUGGUAGUGGCAUUUCUGAGAAAAAUUCAUCCGGUGUUCUGCCAAGCAGCAGCAAAAGUAAGUCGGGGGCUCAUGUUUCAUAUCCAGAAUCCUCAACUCCUUCAAGUCGUCAAGGUUUAACAUCUGCUAGUCGUCAAAUGACUGUAUUUUAUGGUGGUCAAGCUCAUGUUUUUGAUGAUGUCCACCCAAAUAAGGCGGAUGUGAUAAUGGCGUUAGCAGGAUCAAAUGGAGGGUCAUGGUCAACAACCUACUCACCAAAACCUACAGUAACGCGGCCAGUUUGUGAGACCAGCGGAGAAACUGAAGCAGUCAUGCCUACUGAUGCACUACUCCAACGUGAGCUCCGUGGGAGGCUCUCGGGCAGUGGUAAUGCCAGUCAUGGAGUCGUCGGCUCUGGUGAUCGAAUCUCUACAGCUAUAGGUAGUAGUAAUCAUUCUACGAUAUCAAAAAACCAGGCAGUUGAAGGCAGUCCUGAAGAGAAAAAGGAGUGUUAACUUAAGAGUUGAGGUUUUCUUGUUUAUAUGGAACUUUAAAUGAGCUAUCAUAUUCAUCCUCAUAUGUAGACAUGUCCGAUCGAGCUUUCCACAGUCAUUUUAGAUUAUGCUUUUUAAUUAAUUUUUCAAGUUUCUUCCUUUUGCAUAA